AAGAGGGCGUCUUUAGUUACAACGAAGAUCGUCUGGUAUUUUACAAAUUGUAUGGUCUGCUGACAGGAAUCAAAAAUGCUCGAUUUAUUUACUAUUUUCAGUAAAAGUGGUAUCGUAUUAUGGUGUUUUCAAGGCACAUCCGAUAUAUUUAGGCCUUCUGUUAAUUCACUCAUCAGGAAUGUAUUAUUACAGGAAAGAGGAGGAAGUGAUGUUUUUAUUCAUGAUGGUCUUGCACUUAAAUAUAAAUUAGAUAACGAAUUUGAACUUAUAUAUGUUGUAGCAUAUCAGAAGAUUCUUCAGUUAUCUUAUAUUGAUAAGUUCUUGGAUGAUAUUCAUUUAGAAUUCAGAGACAAAUUCAGAAAAGAACUUGAAGAAAGUAAUUUUUUUUCUAAUUUUGAGUUUGGAUGUGAAUAUAACAAAAUUUUAAAAGAAUCUGAAGAGUAUGGUCGUAUUCAAGCAAAUCAGCCGAAGAAAAUGAGGACUUUUCAGGAAUCACAUAAAUCUAAAAAAACAGUUGCUUCUAUGAUUGAAAAUAAAAAUGAAAUUAAAGUUCCAUCAAAAGGAAAAGAUAGCUCUAAGAAGAAAGAAGAUGUAAACAAAAAUGAAGUUCCUUCAAAAAUUGUAUUACAAGAUACAACUAAUGAGAAAUGUAAUGUAGAGUUGCAAAGAUCUGAAAAUGAAGAAGAAAGAAUUAUCCAGAAUAGACAGAAAUUAUUUGAAAGACAUCAAUCAAAAGGAAAAAAGCAAGAUAAAGUAAAGAGUCCCAAACCUGUAAAAGAUAAAUCAAAACAACCAAGAGUAUGGGAGCUGAGUGGAGCAAAAAAUAUUCCCACUCUAGACUUCAGCAAGAAGGAUGCAAAUGAAAGUAAUGGAAAUAUGAACAAAGAUGAUUUCUUAUCUGAUGAAACAAGAAGCUGGGUUGGUAAAAUGAAAGGCAAUGUGCAGGGUAUGGAAUAUUCUAGUGAGGAAGAAAGUGAUGAAGAGGAAAAAACUGUCCAAUCCAAAUCAUCUAAGAAAAGUAAAGCUGGUGGUGUUUUCAGCAUGUUCCAGAGUCUAGUAGGAUCAAAAAGCAUAUCUGUAGAAGACAUGAAACCCAUAUUAGAUAAACUGAAAGAUCAUAUGAUUGCCAAAAAUGUUGCCACGGAUAUUGCUGAGAAACUUUGUGAAUCUGUAUCUGCUAAAUUAGAAGGAAAAGUACUUGGUACUUUCUCAGGAAUAGCAUCUACAGUUAGAAAUACCCUAACUGAAUCUCUUAUUCGAUUGCUUUCUCCAAAGAGGCGAAUAGAUGUUCUCAGAGACAUUAUGGAAGCUCAAACUCAGCACCGUCCAUAUACUAUAGUCUUUUGUGGAGUUAAUGGAGUAGGAAAGUCAACUAACCUUGCUAAGGUAUUUGAUUUUAAAAAUCUUAUUGAAACUAAAAACAAUAUUUCUAAGUUUAUAAAUAAUUUAUUACAGGAAAGAGGAGGAAGUGAUGUUUUUAUUCAUGAUGGUCUUGCACUUAAAUAUAAAUUAGAUAACGAAUUUGAACUUAUAUAUGUUGUAGCAUAUCAGAAGAUUCUUCAGUUAUCUUAUAUUGAUAAGUUCUUGGAUGAUAUUCAUUUAGAAUUCAGAGACAAAUUCAGAAAAGAACUUGAAGAAAGUAAUUUUUUUUCUAAUUUUGAGUUUGGAUGUGAAUAUAACAAAAUUUUAAAAGAAUCUGAAGAGUAUGGUCGUAUUCAAGCAAAUCAGCCGAAGAAAAUGAGGACUUUUCAGGAAUCACAUAAAUCUAAAAAAACAGUUGCUUCUAUGAUUGAAAAUAAAAAUGAAAUUAAAGUUCCAUCAAAAGGAAAAGAUAGCUCUAAGAAGAAAGAAGAUGUAAACAAAAAUGAAGUUCCUUCAAAAAUUGUAUUACAAGAUACAACUAAUGAGAAAUGUAAUGUAGAGUUGCAAAGAUCUGAAAAUGAAGAAGAAAGAAUUAUCCAGAAUAGACAGAAAUUAUUUGAAAGACAUCAAUCAAAAGGAAAAAAGCAAGAUAAAGUAAAGAGUCCCAAACCUGUAAAAGAUAAAUCAAAACAACCAAGAGUAUGGGAGCUGAGUGGAGCAAAAAAUAUUCCCACUCUAGACUUCAGCAAGAAGGAUGCAAAUGAAAGUAAUGGAAAUAUGAACAAAGAUGAUUUCUUAUCUGAUGAAACAAGAAGCUGGGUUGGUAAAAUGAAAGGCAAUGUGCAGGGUAUGGAAUAUUCUAGUGAGGAAGAAAGUGAUGAAGAGGAAAAAACUGUCCAAUCCAAAUCAUCUAAGAAAAGUAAAGCUGGUGGUGUUUUCAGCAUGUUCCAGAGUCUAGUAGGAUCAAAAAGCAUAUCUGUAGAAGACAUGAAACCCAUAUUAGAUAAACUGAAAGAUCAUAUGAUUGCCAAAAAUGUUGCCACGGAUAUUGCUGAGAAACUUUGUGAAUCUGUAUCUGCUAAAUUAGAAGGAAAAGUACUUGGUACUUUCUCAGGAAUAGCAUCUACAGUUAGAAAUACCCUAACUGAAUCUCUUAUUCGAUUGCUUUCUCCAAAGAGGCGAAUAGAUGUUCUCAGAGACAUUAUGGAAGCUCAAACUCAGCACCGUCCAUAUACUAUAGUCUUUUGUGGAGUUAAUGGAGUAGGAAAGUCAACUAACCUUGCUAAGAUAGCUUUCUGGUUGGUGGAAAAUAAUUUUCGUGUACUGAUUGCUGCUUGUGAUACAUUUCGUGCAGGAGCUGUUGAGCAGCUUAGAACUCAUACAAAGCACUUGAAUGCUUUACAUCCUCCUAAUCAGAACCGUUAUUCAGUGCAGUUGUAUGAGAAAGGAUAUGGAAAAGAUGCUGCAGGAAUUGCUAUGGAAGCCAUAAAUUAUGCAAAGGAUAUGAAAGUAGAUGUUGUCCUGAUUGACACAGCUGGUAGAAUGCAAGAUAAUGAACCUUUGAUGCGAGCCUUAGCUAAGUUGAUCAAAGUAAAUUCUCCAGAUCUGGUGCUAUUUGUUGGAGAGGCACUAGUAGGGAAUGAAGCUGUCGACCAACUAGUAAAGUUUAAUAGAGCUCUGGCUGAUCAUUCCAGUCAAGAAAAUCCCCAUUUAAUAGAUGGCAUUGUUCUAACAAAAUUUGAUACAAUAGAUGAUAAGGUUGGAGCAGCUAUAUCUAUGACCUACAUCACUGGUCAGCCCAUCAUAUUUGUAGGAACUGGACAGACCUACACAGAUCUAAAAACUCUGAAUCCCAAAGCUGUAGUGCAUGCCCUGAUGAAAUAAUUUUACCAAUUUGCACUUUUAAAUUAUUCACUUUCGGUCAUUGUUACCAAUCCCAAGUUUCAAAAAGACAACCACUUAAUUUCACCCCGGAGUCUGUUUUACUCCAUUAUCAUGAUACUUAAUGUAAUCUAACAUGGGUGAAGGGAUUAUUAGGCGGUUAUAAACUACUAAAAUAUCCAAAUUCCAAUAUUUUCUGGAACUGUUACAAAAUGUAAUAAACAUUAUUUCAAAAAGAUGA